AUGGGGGAAUCAUAUUUUCUCUUGGCAAUCUUAACAAUUGUCAUGUCUAUUUCCACUGCAAUAUCACAAUCACCUAUUCAAAAUUUUCUCAAUUGUUUUUCAAAUAAUUCUCAUGUAUCUGAAGUCAUUUACACACCAAACAACACCUCAUUUUCAACCAUCCUCAACAAGAGGAUACAUAACAAGAGAUUUAAGGCAGCAACAACACCAAAACCCUUGGCAGUUAUAACUCCAACUGAUGCUUCUCAUGUCCAAGCCACAGUUAAAUGUGCCAAAAGUAACAACAUUCAAAUCAGAAUUCGGAGCGGCGGUCAUGACUAUGAUGGUUACUCAUACGUAUCAGAUGUGCCUUUUGUUUUAAUCGAUGUAUUUCGUAUCAAUUCGGUUGAUGUCAAUGUACAAGAAGAAACGGCGUGGGUUGAAUCAGGUGCAACAAAUGGUAAGAUUUAUUAUAACAUUGCAAAGAAAAGCAAUUCUCUUGCUUUCCCAGCUGGGGUUUGUUUUUCUUUAGGUGCUGGUGGUCAUUAUUCUGGUGGUGGGUAUGGAAAUUUGAUGAGAAAAUAUGGUCUUUCUGUUGAUAAUAUCAUUGACGCAAAAAUUGUUGAUGCCAACGGAAAAAUCCUUGAUAGAAAAUCAAUGGGAGAAGAUCUCUUUUGGGCUAUAAGGGGUGGUGGUGGUGCUAGUUUUGGUGUUAUUCUUUCAUGGAAAAUCAAAUUGGUUCAUGUUCCUCCACAAGUUACUGUUUUCAAAGUGAAAAGAAAGAUAGAUGAAGGUGCAACUGAUGUUGUUUACAAAUGGCAAUCAGUUGCACCAAAAUUAGAUAAAGAUCUUUUCCUUAGAGUGCAACAUGAUGUUGUUCAAAUUGGUAAAACGGGUAAAAAGACAGUGCAAGUUAGUUUCAUUGGUCAAUUUUUAGGGACAGUUGAAAGGCUUUUACCUUUGGUGAGUGACAGUUUUCCUGAACUAGGUUUGAAGAAAAGUGAUUGCAUUUCAAUGCCUUGGGUUAAUAGCACUCUUUUUUGGUAUUUUGUACCAAUUGGUACUCCACUUGAAGUAAUGUUGGAAGAACCAAAAGAUCCUGGCCAAUAUUAUUUCAAAGGUAAAUCAGAUUAUGUGAAGAAACCUAUUCCAAAGAAAAUAAUAGAAUCUCUAUGGAAAUUGAUGAUUGAAGGCGAAGAGAUUAUGUUUAUGCAAUGGAAUCCUUAUGGCGGAAGAAUGGAGGAGAUAUUGCCAUCAGACACACCAUUUCCUCAUAGAGGAGGAAAUUUGUUCAUGAUUGGAUAUUAUCAUAAUUGGAUUAAUGGAUCCCUCCAAACUCAUUUGAACUUUUCAAACUCAGUUCAUAAAUUUAUGACACCCUAUGUCUCAAAUUCUCCAAGAGAAGCAUUCCUAAACUAUAGAGAUGCUGAUAUUGCUGUCAAUCAUCCAAGCAAUACAACGAGAAUUGACAUUGCUAUAACUUAUGGAAACAGUUAUUUCAAAGAAAAUUUUGAAAGAUUAGUAAGUGUGAAAACGAAGGUUGAUCCAGAGAAUUUUUUUAGAUACGAACAAAGUAUACCUACUAGAAUGUAG